AUGUCUGUGUAUGGUAUCACGUACAUAAUGCCUGAGGCUGAAACUGCGCACUUCAUCUUUGGGCUUCCUUUUACAUCAAGCGGAGACACGACCGGUGAAGCCAUGGCAUGGCGUCCAAUCAUGGCGAAGUCACUCAGCGAUUCCGACUACAGCAAGGCUGGCAGUCAUGAGAUUACGACUACUGAUUAUGUGCAGGAAAUUUUGAUUCAAUAUGCCUGCCACUCACCAAGAAUGAUGGAUUUCGCUCUGAAAGAUCAGAUACGGUUGUGCUAG